AACGUCAUCGGAAUGCGCGCACUCGUAGUCACGUGACUCGUGAAGCGCGAGCGGCUCGCGCGCGGUUUGACCUCGAGCAGCCCCACGUGAGCCUAAGGAGCUCUACGUGACCCCGAGCAGCCCCACGUGACCCCGAGCAGCCCCACGUGAGCCCCGAGCAGCCCCGACGUGACCCCGGCGGGCAUGGCGGUCGCGUGGAGCUGCGCGUCCCGGCUGCUGCGGGGAGCCUCGCGCCUCCUCCACCUUCACCCCGCGCCUGGCUGUGCCACGCUGCACACAGCAGAGCAGCGGCCCGGCCUCUUGGCGUUGGUCAGCGCGGCCCUGCCUAUGCGGGCAGAACCAAAGAAGAAGAAGAAAGCUGACCCGAGACGAGAGCAGCUAGUCAAGGAGCGACUCAAAAAGAAGCUGAAGCGCAUGGAGAAGGUCCCAGCCGAGCUGAUCCCAGUGAUGGACUUUGUAACCCCGAGCAAGUACCUGGACGAGACGAGGCGGCGAGAGAAUCCGAGCCUGAGCCCCGAGGAGACGGAGCGCCGGACGCUACUUGGGAAGGCGUGGUCGCGCUACAAGGCGGCGCAGCACCGCGCCGAGAUGGCACAGAUCGCGCGCGUGCGCGAGAGCCAGCGGCGAGCGCUGCUCGAGCUGCAGCUCGAGUCGCCGCGGCUCUACGAAGCAGCGGUGGCGCGUGACCCUGCGCUGUUCCCCCUGCACCGCGAUGGGCCCGCGUACACCCCAGCCAUCCCCGGGUACAUGGCGCCCGACGGGAAAUACGUGGACACCACGCCGCGUUACGUGCAGAUGUGAACCCCGCCACCAGCGCAGUCGCGUAACUGGAGGCUGGCGGGUGAUGCCACCCGCCCCCCCCCCCCCCACACUGUGAGCGGCACACGCACUCAUUAUUGUUAGGUUUUUUUGGGUUGAAUCGCGUAGAUAUGUGUCGUUAAACCCGCCACUACCCGACACAGCCAAUUAGUAAGGUUUGUCACGUAAACAAAACCUGCCAAUUAGUUACGAGUUCAGCACACCGGUGUGUUGGAGAGUAAACCCACAACAUUUACAUUUUGAGUACGACGUUUCACCGGUAAUUACAACCAGCCUCAUCAGAUGUGUUAAAACUCAUUACUGUGUGCCGGUGCAAUUCUCUUGUUUUAAAUAUAUUGUUGUGUAUGUAU